GCAGCUCACCUGCUAUUGGUUCACUGGAGGCCUGCGUAAUCGCGAACGAGCGUCAGACGUGCGCGUAACAGACAGCGCAGUGACAACAUGGCGUCCUCUGCUGCAGGUGUUGUUGUUCCUCGCAGCUUUCGGCUGCUGGAGGAACUGGAAGAAGGGCAGAAAGGCGGCGGAGACGGCACGGUGAGCUGGGGCCUGGCAGACGACGAAGACAUGAGGCUCGCUCACUGGAAUGGCAUGAUCAUCGGCCCCCCAAAGACGGUUUAUGAAGGUAGGAUAUACAGCCUGAAGAUAGACUGCGGUGCCAGGUACCCAGAGGUGCCGCCCGUCGUCCGCUUUGUGAACAGGAUCAACAUGAACGGUGUGAGCAGCUCCACUGGUGUGGUGGACCUGAAGUCCGUGUCGUCGCUGGCGCGGUGGAAGAACUCCUACAGCAUCAAGAUGGUGCUGCAGGAGCUCAGGCAGCACAUGAUGAUGAAAGAGAACAGCCGGCUGUCCCAGCCACCUGAAGGCCAGGUGUACAGCAACUGACAGUCCACCCCCCCCCCACCCCCACCCCCACCCGCC